UCCCACUUUCCUUUCCUGUCUGCAAAACCUUGCAGUUCACAUGGAAAGAUGCGCUGGAGUUGCGUCGCAACAAACGCAGUUCAAUGAUCUGCGGCUCUGCUAGCUGCUUCUCAUAGGGCGCGCUAACUCUAUUCACACAAGACUCAGCCCACCAUGACCGUGGAGACUGAAAGCCGUGCGCUCGUCGCGGGCGAUGUCCAGACGGACACCCAAGACAAGCUUGCCACUGCAAUUUCCUCGCUCGAAAUAGCGCAGGAGAAGCAGCAGUCCGAGGUGCCUCCUCAUCGGUCACACGAUCCCCAGCACAACCAGAAGAGGAGCGACCCGUUCCAAUUUGGAUCCCGCUAUCUGGGAGAGGAGGACGACGUUUUCGAGUUCAAUGCAUGGGACCAUGUCGAGACUGACGAAGCAUACAAGGAGUAUGCUGAGCAACAGUACGCCAUGCAGCGUCAGGCCCCUGUGUCCGACUUUGACAAGACGCGAUUCAAUUCGGAUCCUGCCAAGUGGUGGAACCUGUUCUACAAAAACAACACGGCCAAUUUCUUUAAGGACCGGAAGUGGCUUCAGCAGGAGUUCCCAAUUUUAGACAAGGUGACCCAAGAGGACGCCGGACCGGUCACAGUACUGGAGAUAGGAGCUGGUGCCGGCAACACGGCGUUUCCCAUCGUGACGAAGAACAAGAACCCGAAGCUGAAGGUUCACGCUUGUGACUUCUCCAAGAAGGCUGUUGAGGUCAUGCGCAAUCAUGAAUCCUACAACCCUGAGGUGAUGCAAGCCGACGUAUGGGAUGUUGCUGGAGAUGAGCUGCCGCCGGGCCUUGGAGAAGGAUCCGUAGACGUCGCAAUCAUGGUGUUUAUCUUCUCUGCGCUUUCCCCGUCGCAGUGGAAGAAGGCGGUGGCGAACGUCUACAGAGUGCUGAAGCCGGGUGGCGAGGUCUGCUUCCGCGACUAUGGAAGAGGAGACCUGGCCCAGGUCCGGUUCAGGAAGGGGCGGUAUCUGGACGAGAAUUUCUACAUUCGGGGCGAUGGUACGCGCGUCUAUUUCUUCGAGAAGGAGGAGCUAGCCGACAUCUGGAGCGGGAAGCUCAGCACGCCUGCCGAGGGCGAGUCAGAUAGACUCGAGCCAAGCUUCGAGGUCGAGGAGCUUGGGGUUGAUCGCAGACUACUGGUCAAUCGUGCCCAGAAACUCAAGAUGUACCGUUGCUGGCUUCAGGGCCGGUUUAGAAAGAAAUAGAGAAGAUGCAGUAAACCAAACAACCGGAAUUCUGGCUCCCCUCGAAAGGCUGACAUGCAGAAGGAAGUGCCGAAGACGUAGAUUGUUAGAUGCGCCAUGUAUUAGAAGUUUGGUGAGUUGUACAAGGUUGGACUGGGAGACUUUACUCGCCUCUGCCUGAAGUGUUUGCUAGGGAGUAUUUUCAAAUUGGUAACAAUUCUGUUUUUGCUGAAUAGCUGUCUACCUUACCUAUUCUG